CAACAUCGCAGCAGGCACCCAUCAUCCUUAUUCCUCGCCUCCCAACCCAAGUACUACCACCCCACUGCGCUCUCUGACAUUAGCAUGGCAUAUGCAUCGGCCGUUCCAGCUUUAGCUCUGAAGCAAUGGCCCUACUUAUACCCCACUAUCUCUACCGCGCGCAAAAAAGCCUCCUUUCUCCCUUCUUCCAUCGCCAUCCUUCUUUUUUUACGUCUCCCUACUGUUACCUAUGUUCAUCCCCACUCCCCUUCCCAGCUAAAUCAAUAAUGCAGAGCAGCAGCUGGAUUCGAGGGGGAGGUGCUUCAGAAAAGAGAAUGUCACAGGCUGUACAGCAGGGCAUGGUUGGGCCGUUGCUUUUAAAUCCCCCGCUUUUGGCUAUAAGCUCAUGUUAUUUCGAGGAGCACCCACGACACGGUCCUAGAAAUAAAAAUAAUGCAGAAAUGCUAUACGAUCCUUGUCUUCUUCCUCCUCCUCAAUUUUGACUGGGGAACAUCUCCAUGGCAAUACUCCGUCACUUGCCGGCUCUGCCCCUGAUAUAAGUUUGAGAAAAAUCUUCCACAGUUCCUCUAGCGACUGUUCUCCUGUACGAUACUUCUAGGGUUUUGCUUCCGUGGCGCAUGGCGAUCGAUCUUAACACUUUGGGGGAUGAAUCGGAGGAAUCGGCAGAGCAAAAGAAGAGGCCGCAUGAGUCGGUGUGCUUGGAGCUAUGGCAUGCUUGUGCGGGGAUGAGGACUCCGCUGCCGAGGAAAGGGAGUUUGUUGGUGUACUUACCACAGGGGCACCUCGAGCAGCUUGCAGGCGGCGGAGAUGACGUGCUUCUGCGUUACGGUGUUCCUCCGCACGUGUUCUGCAGGAUAGUCGACGUUCAGCUACGCGCGGAGGCGGCGACAGAUGAAAUCUAUGCGCAGCUUUAUGUGGUUGCGGAUGGUGAGGGAAGUGGAAGGCAUGUUCAUGAAGAUAGAGCAGAAAGAGAUGGGGAAGAAUUGGAUGAUAUGGAUAACGAUACUAAAUCUCCAUUUCUUCACAUGUUCUGCAAGACUCUAACUGCUUCUGACACUAGCACUCAUGGUGACUUCUGUGUUCCUCGCCGAGCUGCAGAGGAUUGGUUUCCUCCGCUGGAUUACGAGCAGGAGAGGCCUUGCCAAGAGAUUCUAGCAAAAGAUUUGCAUGGUGUGGAGUGGCAUUUUCGACACGUCUAUAGGGGUGAUCCACGCAGGCAUCUGCUCACUACAGGUUGGAGUGCUUUUAUCAAUAAAAAAAAUCUUGUGUCAGGGGAUGCUGUUCUUUUUCUUAGGUACAUUAAGUGCAGGGGGAACGAUGGGGAGCUUAGAUUGGGGAUAAGGAGGGCAUCUCAAAUCAAAGAAAGAAUUUCUCAUAUAAUGUCUUCAAGUCAAAGUUUGAAUGCUGGAAGUGGAUCGCUACAAUCAUUGGCGAAUUCUAUCACCUCAAGGAACAUUUUUCAAAUUAGUUAUUACCCAAGGGUUAACCAAUCACAGUUCAUUAUUCCUUACUGGAAGUUCACAAAGAGCUGCAGUUAUACAAUUCCUGUUGGGACCAGGUUUAAAAUGAGUGCUGCUGGUGAAGAUGCGGCUGAGAGAAGGUUUACAGGAUUGAUAACUGCUGUUAGUGACUUUGAUCCUCUACGGUGGCCAGGUUCAAAAUGGAGGAACCUAGAGGUAAGAUGGGAUGACGUCAAUGUUGUCAACAAAAAUCGACAUAACAGAGUCUCCCCUUGGGAGAUAGAACGCAGCGGAUCUUUCUCCAGUCCCAACAGCCUUUUAACAUCUGGUUCCAAGAGAAGCAGAGUUAUUCCUCCCUCAAUAAAUGCAGAUUAUCCACUCACAAGAGAAAAUGGUUAUCAGAACUUGGGGAAAUCUGUAAGUUUACGCAAGGUCUUUCAAGGUCAAGAAAUUUUGAGUUUCAACGCCCCUUAUUUUAAUAGGGGCGAUGCUGCUCUAACUCCUCGGGUUUCUGAAAUGAGAAAUGAUUCUUUUCCUAAAAAGAGAUGUACUGCUAAUUCUAGUAGUUUCUGGCUGUCUGGUUCAGGAUGUGGUGCUACAGAUCCACCAAAAAACUCAAGUUUUUUCUACAGAUUCCAUGAGGUUUUGCAAGGCCAAGAAAUGGUUCGAGUAUUGCCAUCCUUCCCUGGAUUGGCUGCCGAAAGCCAAAGUAGAAAUGGUGCUUUAAAAAUUUUGAAAUCAUCCAUUUCUGGAAGUAGUUCUGAUGACCGUUUUGAAAGCUUCAGUACCCUCAUGCAGCCAUGCUUUUCAUCAGCCCAAACUUCUUCUCCGUCUUCAGUUCUGUUGUUUCAACAGCCCACCUCUCAUCUUCCCAGUUCCCACUCAUUUGAUGACAGUAAUGAUAGGGAGAAAACAGACGACAUGAACUUAGGAUUUGGUUUCACCAAGGAGCGUAGCAGCUGCAGGCUUUUUGGAGUCUCCCUCACUGAAAAGUUUUCAGAUGAAAAUGUGGUAGCUGGAGGUGGUAACAGAGAUCCACCAGAACAGUCUGAUUUUUGCUGCAAUGGUGGAGACUUUGGGGAAUCUGUUCGAUCCCAUGAGGUUUUGCAAGGUCAAGAAAUAGUCAAACUAUUUGAUUCGUUUGGUUCAUUCAUGGAAUCCCAUCGAAAGCAGACAUCUCGCCGACCGAUUGAGAAGGACAAUCGGAGUAUCCUUCAUUGUAAUGAUAGCAGCUGCAUGCUUUUUGGAUUCCCACUAACUGAAAAUAUUCCAGCUGCAGGCACUUUAUCAAGCACUAGUAUUGAAUCAUCUUUCUCGAGACAUUUGCCUCGAACCAUGGUUGCCCAAGAGCUGCAUUUGUAAAACGCUUGAAAUAUAUUUCAGCAUCCAUCUGAUGCAUGGUGCAACACAACACACCAUAGGCUACUGAAGGUUGCUUCUGAUAUUUCAUUUGACGAAGCAUAUUUGUACAUUUAAACUAUUGCGGUGUAUCACUUCUUGAAUUGAUCUGCACAUAAAAAAUCUAUCGCUCUGUUGUUUUUUUAAAGACCGGUUGAAAUUGGCUUCAUCGUGCUUUUGUUUACUUAUUUAAUGUUUGUAAUGAGCUUAAUUUUGUGGGGAUAUGGCAAGUGCAGCUGACUAAAGUUUGUUAGAUUUAAAGGAAAAAUUUUUAC